GCUAGAAGCAACUUCGUGCCACCAUCUUCUAAAGUACUCGUUUUCACAGCAUUCCAAGUAGGAGCACGGAAGAGAGAGAGAGAGAGGCCAAGCAAAAUGGCAAAGGACUCGGAAGCCGCGGAGCCUCGGUUCGCCACCAGGGACUACCAGGACCCGCCGCCCGCCCCUCUGGUCGACCCGGAGGAGCUGGGAAGUUGGUCGUUCUACCGGGCCGUCAUCGCGGAGUUCAUCGCCACGAUGCUGUUCCUCUACAUCACGGUCCUGACCGUCAUCGGCUACAAGAGCCAGACCGACCCGGCCUUGAACGGUGGCGAGUGCGGCGGCGUCGGCAUUCUCGGCAUCGCCUGGGCCUUCGGGGGCAUGAUCUUCGUCCUUGUCUAUUGCACCGCCGGUAUCUCCGGCGGGCACAUCAACCCGGCGGUGACUUUCGGUCUCUUCCUGGCACGCAAGGUGUCGCUCGUCCGGGCCGUGAUGUACAUGGUAGCGCAGUGCCUCGGCGCCAUCUGCGGGUGCGGGUUGGUGAAGGCAUUCCAGAGAGCGUACUACACCCGGUACGGCGGCGGUGCGAACGAGCUGGCUGAUGGGUAUGGCAAGGGCGUGGGGCUGGGGGCGGAGAUCAUCGGCACCUUCGUUCUGGUGUACACCGUGUUCUCGGCCACCGACCCGAAGCGAAACGCCAGGGACUCCCACGUUCCCGUACUGGCACCGUUGCCGAUCGGGUUCGCGGUGUUCAUGGUUCAUCUGGCCACGAUCCCCGUAACGGGGACAGGCAUAAACCCGGCAAGGAGCUUCGGAGCUGCCGUGAUGUACAACAAGGACAAGGCAUGGGAUGACCAGUGGAUGUUCUGGGUUGGGCCAUUCGUUGGGGCUGCAAUUGCUGCAUUCUACCACCAGUACAUCCUGAGAGCUGGAGCCGGCAAGGCCUUGGGUUCCUACAGGAGCAACUCUUGAAACUCGCAACAAGUUUUCAGUUCUCUGUUUCAAGGGUCAGAUCAGAGCUUGGAUAAAGGGAGGGUCAAAGCAAAAAUGUCGACAAAAAUCUGUCCUUUUGAAGUGUGUCUUGCGUCUUGUCUUUUGAAUUUUUUGUUUCAACUCUCUGAUCUUAGCUUGUGUUCUUGAGUGCUGGUUGUGGUUAUUUGAUGUUCUCCUCUGUUUUCAA